GGCGCUUCCCGCCCCCCCCCCCUUCUCAUCCCCUCAGCCGCCGCCAUGGCGGCCCCCGCCUCGCCCGGCCGCCGCAGCCGCUUCGAGCAGGAGCAGGAGCGGGCUGUCCGCGCCCUGGUGCGCAGCAUCACCGGGCUGCACGGCGGCAAGGAGCCGCCGCGGGACACGGGGACCGAGCAGGAGGCGGAGACGGAGCUGGAGCGGUUCCAGACGGCGCUGGAUUUCGCGUGGUCCAACUUCAGGUUUCACCGUUUUCUGGAUGUGAACAGUCAUAAAGUAGAGAGAACAAUAGAAGGAAUACAUGAAAAAUUGAUAGUUCAUUCUGACCUUGGAAAAGCUGCAAGCUGGAAGAGACUAACAGAAAAGUUUCUGAACUCACCACUCCCAAAUGUUGAAGAAACAAAAACAGAUACACACUAUUCCAUACUGUCUCUUCUGUUGUGUUUGUCUGAUUCUCCAUCCAACACCACCUAUGUGGAAAAACCAAGACAAAAAGAGACAGAUUCCUUUUUGAAUGAUCUCUGCACAUUCCCUCGGCGGUGUUUUGAAUGCACUUUCAGCCCCUUCCAGGAAUGUGAAUAUGAAGAGGUUAUCUCAAACAGCACUAAUUACAAAAAGGAAGAAGAAUUUGAUUGGGGAAAGUAUUUGUUGGAAGGAGAAGAAAUUUACCUUGGCCCAGGUGCGGAUUCACCGGAUUGGUCUGGAGAAAGUGAAGAGGAGGAAGAUACUCAGCCUUUGAGUAGGGAGGACUCGGGUAUUCAAGUGGACAGGACACCUUUAGAAGACCAAGAUCCAAACAAGAAAACAGUACCUAAUGUUUCCUGGAAAGUCGGUGAACCUGAUGCCCGCAGCUGGCUGGAACAGCAUGUAGUUCCUCAGUACUGGACCGGAAGAGCUCCUCGUUUUUCACAUAGUUUGCACUUGCAUUCCAACCUGGCUGCGGUCUGGGACCACCACUUGUACGCCAGCGAUCCUUUGUAUGUGCCAGAAGAGAGAACACUAGUCACUGAAACUCAGGUUAUACGGGAAACUCUUUGGCUACUUUCAGGAGUGAAAAAGCUUUUCAUAUUUCAAUUGAAUGAUGGCAAAGUGGCUGUGCGCAACGAUAUUAUUGUAACUCAUUUAACCCAUAAUUGCCUAAGGUCUGUACUGGAGCAGAUAGCAGCAUAUGGUCAAGUUGUGUUCAGACUACAGAAGUUUAUUGAUGAAGUGAUGGGACACAGCCCGGAAAAUGUAAUGCAUGGAACUGUUUCCACUCCAAAGAAAACUACUGAAGCCCCAUUCAGAACCUACCAAGCUUUUAUGUGGGCAUUAUAUAAAUAUUUCAUUAGCUUUAAAGAAGAACUUACCGAAAUUGAAAAAUGCAUCAUCAACAAAGACAAAACAGUCACACUUUCAAUAGUGAUAGAUAAGCUGUCUCCCCGGCUGGCACAACUAAAGGUACUUCACAAAGUUUUUAGCACAGGAGUAGCAGAAGUUCCACCCGACACUAGAAAUGUUGUACGAGCGUCCCAUCUGCUUAAUACUCUCUACAAAGCUAUUCUGGAAUAUGACAGUGUUGGAGAAGCAUCUGAGCAAACGGUGUCCCUUCUGUUCUCUCUCUGGGUUGAGACUGUGAGGCCCUACUUACAGACAGUGGAUGAAUGGAUAGUCCAUGGUAAUUUGUUUGAUCCUGCAAAGGAAUUUAUCAUUCAGAGAAACAAAAAUGUUCCAGUUAAUCAUAGGGAUUUUUGGUAUGCUACGUACACAUUAUAUAGUGUGUCAGAAAAGACAGAGAAUGAAGAGAAGAUGAGUGAUAAUGCCAGUGCCAGUUCUGGCAGUGACCAAGCCCCUUCAAGCAGGCAACACACUAUGGUCUCUUUUCUGAAACCUGUGCUGAAGCAAAUCAUCAUGGCUGGAAAAUCCAUGCAGCUGUUGAAGAAUCUUCAAUGCAAAGAUGGCUCUCCGCAGCAGGCUGCAUCGAGGGAUGCUGAAAGAAAGAGUUUGUAUACGCUGUUCUUGGAAUCAGUGCAGUCUCGCCUGCGGCAUGGGGAAGAGUCUGUUCCAGAUAUUAUUACAGAACAGCAGGCCACAAAGCAGAGCCUGAUAAAGAUGCAAUCUAUAGCAGAAAGACACUUGGAACUGGAUGAUGUCCAUGACCCACUGCUGGCUAUUAAUUUUGCUAGAUUAUAUUUGGAACAGAGCGACUUCCACGAGAAGUUUACUGGUGGGGACGUUUGUGUGGAUAGAUCCUCGGAAUCGGUCACCUGCCAGACCUUUGAGUUGACUUUGAGGUCUUGCCUUUAUCCUCACAUAGACAAGCAGUACCUGGAAUGCUGUGGUAAUCUGAUGCAAACUUUAAAGAAGGAUUAUAGGCUUGUAGAAUACUUGCAAGCAAUGAGAAACUUUUUCUUGCUUGAAGCUGGUGAUACUAUGUACGAUUUCUAUACAUCCAUUUUUGACAAAAUACGAGAAAAGGAAACGUGGCAGAAUGUUGCUUUCUUAAAUGUUCAACUUCAAGAAGCGGUAGGGCAACGUUAUCCAGAGGACAGUUCAAGGUUGUCUAUAUCAUUUGAAAGUGUUGAUACAGCUAAGAAGAAACUUCCUGUCCACACCUUAGAUGGCCUGACAUUAAGUUAUAAGGUUCCUUGGCCUGUGGAUAUAGUUAUAAGCUUAGAGUGCCAAAAAAUUUACAAUCAAGUAUUUCUGCUCUUGCUGCAAAUAAAGUGGGCCAAGUAUAGCCUAGAUGUUUUACGAUUUGAUGAACUAGUCAGUGCUGCAGAAAACUCACAGGUUAAGGAAGGAACCUUAUUAGAACACGGAACACUUCCUCUAUUUGGAAUGCAAACAGAAAGUAUAAAACAACAAAUACAUCGCAUGUUCCUCUUAAGAGUGAAACUUAUGCAUUUUGUUAACAGUCUGCACAACUACAUCAUGACAAGGAUUCUUCACAGUACAGGCUUGGAGUUUCAGCACCAGGUAGAAGAAGCCAAAGAUUUAGAUCAGUUGAUAAAGAUUCAUUACAGAUACCUAUCUACAAUCCAUGAUCGCUGCCUGCUGAGAGAAAAGGUUAGCUUUGUGAAAGAAGCUAUAAUGAAAGUGUUAAAUUUGGUACUGAUGUUUGCAGACCGUUGGCAGGCUGGUUUGGGGGCUUGGAAGAUGGAAUCCAUAGAGAAGAUGGAAUCUGAUUUUAAAAACUGUCACAUGUUUCUUGUAACUGUCCUCAACAAAGCUGUCUGUCGAGGCUCUUUUCCUCACUUGGAAUCCUUAGCUUUGUCACUGAUGGCUGGCAUGGAACAAAGUUAACACUUGGACCUGAACUACUAAGCAACUGAAAGCAGCGUUUACACUGAAUUUCCAUUGUUAACUGUGAGCAUUUUACACCCCAUUUUGAAAUGUGUCUAGCUAAAUAAUACUGAUGGUUUGGAGUUGUGUAAAGUAUGUUAAAAUGUAAAUACUGUACAGGUAUUUAAGUGUGUUGGUUGUGGCUGUACUUUUCUCUGUAUGUAUAUGCUUUAACAUCAAAAAACGUGCAGUGUAAAAUGCAUCCUUUGUAAACAGUCUCACUUGAAAAUAUAUAAACUGUAUUUCAUGCUGUAUAAAGGAUUUUUUUUUCUAUUAUAAAUAAUUGUUGAUUUACCGUUUCCAUUAAUUUUGCAGCUCUGAAUAGGUCACAUGGCAAUGUGGAGUGGUAUGGCAAUUCUUAUUAUUCAAAGUUUUGUUGAGUUCAUUUUAGCCUCUUCUUCCUUUGAGAAAAGGAAUCAUAUUUGCUUAAUGUUCUUAGGGAACAAUUAAGACUGUUACAAUAAACUGGUAUAACAAAAUACAACAUCAAUUUAAUUAAAGGAUAUUAUUGGAGACCAUAAAAUACCAGUAUUUUGAAUUUAAAUGAUCAAUAUUUACUAAUUUUAGCACUAAACUCUUGUCAGUUUAAGCAUGAUCACGAUCACAGUGCGUGAUAUAUAAAUUUUAACUACUGGAUUGCUGAGGUGUUUGAGGUGGUCAGAUAUGACUUGACCCUUCUUCAAAACAGUUUGCAAACAAAUCUUCUAACUAACAACUAACUUCUUGUAAAGAGGUAGAUCAUAAUACAGAAGGGUACAUUUUUAGAGAAGUAAACAUGGGGCUUGUUCUGCACAAGAUGACUUGCCCUGUCUUCUCCCUAUGGAAUUUUCUCUGUAAUUCCGGCAUCGAUACACCUCUAUGUUAAAAGAGAAUGUCGAUCACAGCCUUUUACCUUUUUAUUUAUUUGAAUAAAUAAAAGAUAUAAUAAUUGUAAUUCCACCGUUGUGCAUGUAUUUCUGCUGGAACCUAAUUGGUAAUUUAUUAAAGCUUGAGAGAUGUUCCUGC